AAUGUUCGGCUACUGUGUGCGUCACGUGUGUCGUCGUUGAAUGUGGUCUCUCACGCUACUGAAGCGCUGGCCUACUUGUUUCAAGUUUCAAAACCGAUUAGAGUGGAUGGACAAACCAACCAACCAAGCAAGGAACAAUCAAUGACCAGAGGACGACCAGAGGGACAGAGCACCAGACCCAUUGUCAAGAUGAUAAAGAGUGUAGGGAUCACAUGCCGAGGUGGACCUGAAGAAGGCACUGCUAAACACCCGCUGGCCCAUGAUAUGGCCUACAUUUGUCGCCGACCCAUUGAGGGUCGGGUCACCGCCUCAAUCCGCUCGGUCAUCCUUCGGCCACGCCCUCCCGCAGGUCAAAGCACUUGCUAUACGGAAGGUGGGCUCGCCAGUGGGUUGGGGAGAGUGAAAACGGUGGAUUUUAGGUACUAUUUUUCGAGCGAUUCCGAGGAUGAGGAUGCGGGUGCGGGCGGCGGGGAUGAUUCGGCCAACGGCGGUCUGUUCCGCGUGUCGUGCAAUUUCUCGGACUGCCUGACCAGCCGUGAAUCGGGCUGUGCGUCUCGUUUCCAGCCGUUGCACCUGGCCUCCGAGUAUGGGACGCGGCACAUGUUGUCCAAUGCCAUGCUCAAGGAGUAUCCCGUGCCCGUGCCCAAUGUCAACAAAGUGUUCUGUUCGCAGUGGCUUUCCCAUCGGCAAGUCGUGUUCGGCACCAAGUGCAACAAGCUUAUGAUCUACGAUGUGAAUACGCGUCAUUUGAACGAGAUACCCUCCUUACAAAGUAGCGAAAAUUCCCGACCGCUGGAGCAAGAGACCGGCAUUCACGCCAUCGAGAUUAAUCCCUCACGUACUUUUUUGGCCACAACUGCCAAUGAUACGAAAGAUAUUGCCAUUUAUCGACUUCCCACGUUGGAUCCUAUUUGUGUGGGCGAAAGAGGCCACAAAGAUUGGAUCUUUGACAUGACGUGGAUUGACGAUCAAUUUGUGGUAUCCGGCUCCCGUGAUGGCACGAUCUCGUUUUGGCGCGUGACCGACAAUCUCAUUGAAGAGGUCACCUCUGCCCCCAUCCCUACCUACAAAUUCAUCCGACCCGUUAAAACUAAGGUCUGCAAAGAGGCCGACCGAGUGCGAUCCCUCUGUUAUAACCAUCGAACGCAAGAGAUUGCCGUCAUCUCAUUGAAUGGAUACAUUCAUUGUUGGAACGCUUUACGGUUUAAACAGAUAAUGACCAAGAAGCUGCCCCAUACCAUGGAGAACGUGUGCUUGGCCACGGACGAGGACGCUCAGAUGUACGCCGUGGGCUCGAAGGCCAACACGGAUCUGUUGGAUGCGAGGUCGCUCCAAGCCAUCAAGAUGAUUCCUUCCCGCAAUAACGGCUGCGGGAUUCGCUCGGUCAGCUUCAAAGGCAAUAUUCUGACCAUUGGCACCGGGAUCGGGAUCCUUUUGUUUUGGGAUCUAAGGGCCGGGAAAUUUCUCGAGUCCACUAUGAACAGCAAUCAGGCCGUCAUGUUGAAGACGUCCAAAGGAUGGCUGGAAAUAUGUCUUGAAACAAAUGACGAAUAUACGAGGGUACAAGGAUACAACGGAUCGAGGAUUAAGGGUUGUUUGCCUUUCAUCUUUCUUACUUAUACUGAACAUUUUGACAGCAAAGCGAACCUGAAUACUUGGAAGAGGACGACGACUAUCUCGACGAAGAAGAUCCCGCGGUUUACACUCAUUGCUUCGACGAGUCUGGGACAAAGUUGUUUGUCGCAGGUGGGCCGUUGCCAAGUGGCCUUCAAGGCAACUACAUAGGCUUGUAUCAAUGACAAUGAAUAGUGUGUUCCCCAUCGUUUCCCGGUAAUCUUGCGCCGUCACGAAUUUCUCUGGAAACAAUAUCCUCGACUCAUGCAAUUUGUUCCAAAGUGCAGGCAAUUCAAAUUGUGCCUGAAGCCUCCGAAGGAUCAUUAUCGGUGGUCAUUAGUCUGCUACUGUAUUCCCAGGGAGUUCUCGUGGAAUCUUAUAUCGGUGACCUGUGAGCAAACAAAGAAGAAAACCAAACCUGUAUUUGUUGAUCGGUAAAUGAUUUGACUAUCAUUGGAUCACUUACAUGAUUCUUGUUCUUAUUCAGAAUAACAUUCAGGAUUAUUA